GGAGGGAGCGAGCACCGGCACUGAUGGACGAGCCAAAGGGAGGAUGAUGUGUGUGUCUCCUCUCCAUGUUGAACAGCAACACUGACUGCUCCCAUGCCCUUUCCCUACCAUCACUGCCAGCAGAACUCCACAGACAUGAACUCCUGCAGUUAGAAAAUGUGCACAGACUGCAUUGCCAGAGCCCCUCUCUCCUGGUCACAGGUACCAAACCAAAGAUGUCCUCAACAAGAACGAUUCUACUCAUCCUGGGAUUCCUCUCUACUUUGGCUGUAAUUGCUUUAAUUGCUGUAGCAGUCACCCAAAACCAGCCACUGCCGAAGAAUAUUAAGUAUGGGAUCGUGCUGGAUGCGGGAUCGUCCCACACCAACCUCUACGUGUACGAGUGGCCAGCAGAGAAGGAGAACGACACUGGGGUGGUGAAGCAGGUGGAAGUGUGUAAAGUUGAAGGCCCUGGGAUCUCAGGUUACUCCCAUGCCACAGAGAAGGCAGGUCCCUCUCUGGCACAGUGCCUACAACAAGCAAAAGAGGUGAUUCCCUCAGCACAGCACAAAGAGACACCCAUCUACCUCGGAGCAACUGCUGGCAUGCGGCUUCUCAGGUUGCAGAACGAAAGUGCAGCUGACAAAGUCUUGUCCUCGGUAGGAAGCACACUACGCUCAGCUCCCUUCAACUUCCAGGGUGCCAGAAUCAUCACUGGUCAGGAGGAAGGAGCCUAUGGAUGGAUCACCAUUAACUACCUUCUGGGCAAUUUCAAGCAGUCUGGCUGGAAAAAGCUUCUACACUCCCUGAAAUCCUUAAGUGAGACAUCAGGAGCACUAGACCUUGGAGGAGCAUCCACACAGAUUACCUUUGUAUCAAAGGACCUCUCUUCUGAGUCCCCAGAGAACCAGCUCUACUUCCGUCUCUAUGGCAAGGAUUACCAAGUGUACACGCACAGCUUUCUCUGCUAUGGGAAGGACCAGGCCCUGCAACAGAAACUGGCCAUGGACCUACAGACCCUGGAGAACAGCAGUCUCCCUGACCCAUGCUUUCACAAGGGUUAUGAGAGGACUAUAAAUAUUAGUGACUUCUUCAAAAACCCUUGCACAUCAGACAAGAAAAAGCAGUUACCUUUCAGCCAGCUGUACAUAAAGGGAGAGGGGGACUAUCAAAAGUGCCGAGAAAACAUCCAGAAACUCUUCAACAAAAGCAAUUGUCCUUAUUCCAGUUGCUCCUUCAAUGGGAUAUACCUACCUCCAUUACAAGGGGAUUUUGGGGCUUUUUCUGCUUUCUAUUUUGUGAUGAACUUUUUGAACCUGACCAGUGAACCAAACCCCCUUGCCCUGAACAAAGUGACCAGCACCAUUGAGAGCUUCUGUGCCCGGCCUUGGCAAGAGGUGAAGACAGCAUAUCAGCACAUCAAAGAAAAGUACCUGAGUGAAUAUUGCUUCUCUGGAGCCUACAUCCUCUCUCUCCUGGAAAAUGGCUAUGAGUUCACUGAAAAUAAUUGGCAAAUGAUCCACUUCCUUGGAAAGAUUGGCAGCAGUGAUGCAGGUUGGACCCUGGGCUACAUGCUGAACCUGACCAACAUGAUCCCUGCAGAGGAGCCAGCAGGGCCCCCUCUCUCCCAUGGCAGCUACGUGGGGCUGAUGGUGCUGUGCUCCCUUGUGCUGGUGUCUGUGCUCCUGUUUGCCUGGCUUCUCUUCCACAAGCCCAAGUGCCUGCAGAAGGGAAUUGUUUAGGAAGAACCUGAGGGGAGAGGACCCAUGUCAUCCUGGCUGCUCAGGGCUCAGGAGACCCCAGCAGAGCAGAGUCCCUCUCACUGAAGCUACUGACUGUACAACAAGGGCAUUUAUUUCUUCUGAUUCACACUUGCACUGACAGAUGUUGGGACAUCAGGCUCGCCACCUUCUCUGCCAAGGACAGACAAGCUCGUGUCCCCUCCUUGAGUGGGUCGUACUCUCAUUCAAUGAAACUUUGCUGCUUGUUGGUUUCUGCCUUGUGCACAGCAUUAUAAAGAGAAAAGUGGCAGCAAUCUUUGGGAGCCAGUGCUCCUGCAAGGGUUAUCUCAGGGUCACAAUCCCACUGAGCUCUUGGGAGCUGUCACAUACAGGGUGAUCCUGCUCCUUCUCCGCUGAAGCUGUUCCCAAGAGCCCUUUCUGCACCAGCACACCUCUGCUCACCUCCCCACGCCCUGAGCUCUCACAGCGCUACAGCUGGCUACAGCUCUUGCACCUGGCUGGCCCCUGAAGGCGGGUCAGGUUCCCAAAUGCCACUCUGGGAAAAGAAGGGAUGAGGAUGAAGAAACCGAGCAUGCUUGUGGUCAUCAGCCCUUAGCUGGGUUCUGCCGGCUGUCAGCUCCUUUUGCAGGUGGCAAAAUGCCUUUUUCCCACGUCUUCCUGAUGUCAUUGCUGGACCAAAGCUGGCUCGCUGUUGCACUGAGCCGUUCCCGCGUCCCUAAGGCACAUCAAGCCACAAGUUCCCAGCCAGGCAUUGCUGCAUGUUGUAGGAAGAUCUUGUAUUGUACUGGUUCCUUGGCCAGAAGUGAAUAUUUAUGCCUGCAGGGACUCUGGUGUGACCAGUGUGCCCUCGGGUAUAGACCCACUGAAGCAAUCCAGGGUCACUGUGCUGAUAACACAGCAGCCUCCAGUUUAAGGAAAGUGUUUAUCAGUUAAUGUUCCUGUAGGCAGCUGGCAGCAGUUAACCAGCAUGAGUAUGCACAGAUUGAACCACUCUUUCCACCAGCAAAAUUAAUGAAAUUUUGCCAUUCCUUUCCUCCUAGCACAGGCUUAUCCUAUGGCCAUAAGACCAGGGCUUGUGAGUGCACAUACUGCAGCCCAUCUUCUAGCACACAACUAGGAUGAUGCCACUGAUUGAGUUUAUGAAUCACUUUCUUCCGUUUUUCCAUUUCUUGGUCCAAAAAAAAAGAGAGGUAAGUCAGAAAUCAAAUUUUGUAAAAACAGUUAGAAACCACUGGUGCCUGUCUGCCUCCCACAAAAUCUCAGAAAUCUCUUCUCCAAAUGACCUGUAAAUGUGGAAGCAAACUGAAAGCAGAUAUUGGAGAGAGAGAGGAAGGCAUAGCAAAUGCACAUCUGCUUCCCCAAGCAGAGGUGCAGGCAGUGUGGAGGGGAUCAGGAUGUGCAAGCCCAGUAAAGCCCUCUCCUUCAGGCAAGCACAGACACAGAGCUCUCCCAGUCUGUCCCUCUGCGUAGUCCAAGCUGGAAAAUGUCACCCAGUUAGUUCUACUUCAUGCCUGGAAGUAGAAGCCCUGAUAUAUUGAAGGACCUAAAUGUAAGGAAAAAAAAUCUACCCUGUUCUAAGAUCUUUGGGCAGAUCAUUGUUCUUCUAAAAAUCUGUCUUAUUUUUGCUCUGAAUUAGCUGGCUUCAGCUUCUGUUGGAUCCUGUUCUGCCCAUUUCCAAAAGACUGAGUAACUCUGUUACUAAAAUCCCUUUUUAAAUUUGUUGGUGCUUGCAAGUUGUCAUUAUAUCAUAUUAAAUAGAUUGGUUUUCAAUCUGUAAAGUGGUCUCUGCUGACCUCACUUGCAGCUCUCCAUUUCUUUUAAAAGUUUUAUGUCUUUCUGAAACUUAGACACCAAAGUUUUCAGCAGGUAGCAGAGUCACUAAUAGUGUAUUUAUCUGGUUUUGAUCUAUGCUCUAUGUCCCCCAUUCAUAUAUCUCUGGUCCAGGUCUGUUCACUUAACAGAAAGUUUUUAGGCUUUUGAGUCCAGCUGAGCUAUUGCAACUCAGUCUUUUUUCCCGGUCAUUGCAUUUCAGAACAGCCUCUCACAUCCUACAUCACUGUCUCUCAAUAUGAGCCAUUUUUCCUUCUGUAUGGCUCCACUGAAACACUUAUGAUUCAAAGAACAUUGCCCCAAGCAGAUUAUCCAGCUCAAUCUGCAAAUGACCCUUCAGCAGCUGUGAGUCCAUUGACUGGUUUUUGUUUAUCUGCAAACACAUUGCGAUGUCUGAAUUCAGCUAGGGAUGCAGUCUUCCCUCUGUUGUUUGCAGCAAAGAUAGGCAGAUGAGAGAUGAACAGCAGGUUUUGGCCAUGGCUGGAAGGCACACAGGAGAAAUGUGGGAUCAGAGCUACUUCUGCUGCCCAGACAGCCUCAUUUGCAACACACCCCAUCCCGUGCCACCUUCCUUGCAUACAGAGCCUUUGUAGCAGAGCAGAUGUCCUGGGGAAGCUCCUCAGGUGAACUGGCACAUCCCUUGAAUAGCAUGGAAACCUGCAGAGUGGAAAUUCCUCUCCUGAGACCUCCUUGGGGGUCUGGCAGCUGCUCGGUUGUGUCCAUGAUGAGAACUGGCAGAUCCAUUAGGACAUGUCAGAAAUAGAUGCAAAAACCUCACGUGGAAGUCGGUGUGGAAAGAAAAGUUUGUGCCAGUCUGCUCUUCUUGUCCCUGCUAAGGAUUUAUGCCACAGGAAAAUGUCCAAUAUCUGGGAGAAGAGCUUUUACAAUGUUCUGAAUCUGAAUUGCAAGUCCCUUAAUAUUAAUAUUGUUAGCUCCUGAUUCUGGAGCCAGGUGAGCAGCUGGCAUCUUGACUUGCUCCUCCUGUCUUAAUUAUCUCACUUUUUGGGUUGAGUUUUGGGGUUUUUUAAAGCUUUAAUUGUGACUUGAGUCCAACCUAAAGGGCCCAAACUAAAAUAAAUGCAAAAUAUGUUACAAUAUUUUUAAAACCUAUUACUUUUAUACCCUAUUCAUAAAUAAAUCUCUCCAGGAUAAGAACUUCUAAGGUGACAACAUGCCAGUUGAGCAGUCUGAGCCUCCAGGAAUUGAAGGCACCCUGUCAGGGUGAGACCAUUGCAUGUCUCUGCCUGGUAGUGAACAUUCACAGAAUGGCCUAUGAUUGUUUUCUCUCCAUUUCUCCUGUUAUUGCAGGACUUUUUUCAUGGAGGCUACUCAAAAUCCUUGGUCAAAGAGUUCAAGUUUAUGAACAUUCAUUUCUUUGCUUCUGUGUUGCAUCUGAUCCAGCUGUAUUCAACUCAAAUGUGUGUUCCAGAGCCACCCAACAUGUAACUGAAGACCAUUAAUGAUAGUGGAGGAAGUUCCCAAAUAUGCCAGUAAUAAUGUAUCAUUUCUCUUGUUAAUACAGUUCAUCUGCCUCACUGAUAAUUAUCUGUGCCUUAUUUCUAAUUUGAUAGCUUCUGGCUUUAAUUUCCAGACACUUCCUGCUUUACUAUUUGGCUUUUCCUGGGUAAAGCAUCUUCUAGCGUCACACAUUCUUGUCUAUCACAUAUUUACUCACUAUUCAGCUCUGCUGCGCUGCCAAGACUCCAGACUGUGGUCUCUCCUGAAGAGAGAGCUCUCCUGGGCUCCUAGGAAGCUCUGAGAUGUGCUCCAGCAAGGUAGGAUGAGUGUCUCUGGUUUGGGUUCAAAGGUUGAUUGGUGCAUUUUUGGGGAGGUUCCUUGCAGAGGGAUUUGACAGGUGCAAGGGCAGCCUGGUCUCGCUGGGACUGAUGACCUCUAUGAGCUCUGCCAUACUCAGCCAAGUGUCAAGUGUGGAGCAAAGCUGUCAAAACUUGCCAGAAGAGAGAGCCUGGGUACCUGCAGCACCCUCACCUCUUGCAGGAAAACUGCUCCCCACCACAGGCUCUAAGUACCUUUCACUCUCCCCCCUGAUAAAGCUGCCUCUCCUCUGUGCACAGGCUGCAGCUGAUUUCUCCAGCCCUGCACAAAGCACAGCGGGGCCUCCACCUGGAAGAAAGCUCUCAGAGGUGGGGCCAUCACCUCUGCACUGGAAGGCUGAUUUGAAGUGUUGGCGCUGGCCAGGGCUUUCCAGUUUCUCCCAGAGCAGCUCUGGGCUGGAUGUGUGCCCCUUCAUUCUCCACCCCAGUUCUUCCCAUGCUCUGUGCCAGGCAGGAUGUGCAGGCUCUGCAGGGCUGCCAGCUUUGUCACAGGCUCAACAGCCUGUUCAGGAGGGACUGGGGAGGGCACACUGAGGAUAACAGUCCCUGCCACCCAGGCCAUGUGUUUUCUUUCUGUGGCCCAACCCUGAAGAAAUGGAUCUUUGUUUUGGUGCACACACAAUGCUUAUCAUAAUAAAGACUUCUGAUCUGAUGCCAGAAAAGUUUUCACGCUGUUUUCCAGAAGAUGGGGGUUUGCCAGUAGUGGAAUGGAGCAUCUGGCACUAAACGUGGAAAAGUCCUGAGAUGGGAUUUCCUCUCUUGCCAGUUCCUC